AUGGGGUGGCUUUGGAUUACCGUGGCAACAUGUGCGCUAGCGUCCUGCUCUGUCAAAGGCAGCGAGUGGUGGUGGGAGUAUGAAGAGGGGAUUCGACACUACAGCGAGGAGGCUCUCAGCAAGGAGUUUCCAGAGAAAACCCGCCCCGUGAGCUUCAAACAUCCUCUCUUCCAGUGCCCAGACAUGAGUCCCUCUCCCUCUGUCCCCACCUCAGUUGAAUUAGUGAAAGCAGCAGAUAUCAAGGUCAUUGCUGCGUUGGGGGAUUCUCUCACAACGGCCAUAGGCGCAAAUGCCACCAACGUCCUUGGGAUUCCUAUUGAGUUUCGUCAUGUGUCAUGGAGCAUUGGAGGCUAUGGGUCAUUCGAAGAUGUUAUUACACUGGCAAAUAUCAUCAAGUUGUUCAAUCCCAAUUUGCUUGGUGCAGCUCCCAGCAAGACGGUUCACGGGACGCCGGCCCCGCUCAGUGAAACGGGCUUCAACCUGGCCGUCACUGGACACAACACCUUCAAUCUCCCCGGCCAGACAAGACAUUUGAUUGACACUCUGAGAGGCUAUGAGGGUCUGAACUUUGAGGAGGACUGGAAGCUUUUGACCAUUCUCAUCGGCAUGAAUGAUAUCUGCGAUUACUGCAAAGAUAAGGUCUGUCCUUUUCUCGCCUGAACACUUCGGUUCAGCUGACUAAGC